GCAUGGAUUCUAUUGCAAUCCAGGAAGAUAAGCAAGAUUUUUAUUCAGUUCUUGAUGGAUCUUUGCAAAGUUCUCUUUCAAUGAAGAUUUCUGAGAACUUCGAAGGUACCAAGGAUGAUGCUGCGCUCUCAAAUCAAAAGGUUUGUGCUUUAUCUGCAGAAGAAGUAGAAGAAUUUUCAGAAUGCUUGGAAGGUCUCAUCUCCAAGCUUUAUCCCACAAUUGAGCUGUGUUGGAAGCUUCAUCAUCAACUUUCCAAAAAGCUGACUGUUACAUCAGCAGAAUGUUUCAUGUACUCAAGAUGUUUAUUUUCAAUUGUGCAAAAAUCUCCCUUUGAUGGAGAUGUUAGUGAAAAACCUAUUCAGCACGACUCAAAUGAUCAGUUUACAAUUAAUUGGAGAUCUGGUCUUGAAGGGUUUGCUGGCGCUGUUGUAAGCCUUCAAGAAAACCAAUGCUGGCAAGUUGCAUCUGUCAUGCUUGAUUAUCUGCUUGGAUUACCUCAUUGUUUUUGCCUGGAUAAUGUCAUUGGUACUGUAUGCUUUGCAAUAAAGCAUUUCUGUUGUAAUGCCCCAAAACUUUCUUGGCGACUCCAGACUGAUAAAUGGUUGUCACUCUUAUUCAAAAGGGGCAUUGGUAUUCAAGAGGAUAAGUUUCCAUUGGUUGACAUGUUUUGUACAAUGCUCAGUCAUCCAGAACCCGAACAGAGAUCUAUUGCUCUGCAGACUCUGCGAAGACUUGUUGGCAGCAAUGGGAAUGCUGGAGUAGCAAAGUUUCCAUCUACACUUCGAGAUGAAAUCACUGCAUCUGACUUGGGUUUUUCUGUUUCUGAGAUGAUCCUUUCUCAUCUGGUUUCCACAACAUGGGAUAGGGUGGCUACACUAGCAUAUCCUGAUCAAUCAAUGCUUUUGAGAGCUCAUGCAAUGGCCCUUUUAGUGGACUAUAUCCCAUUUAUUGAUCACAUCCAGAUGCAAUCUUUUCUUGGUGCUGCAGAUAGUGUUCUUUGUGGUUUGGGGAAACUUGCAUACCCAAUUUUUGAGGGUCCUCUAGCCCUACUUUCAAUAACCCUACUUGCAAAGGCAUGCCUGUAUUGCCCAGUGGAGGAUAUUGCUUUGAUACCUCAAAGUGUUUGGAAAAACAUUGAGGCCUUUGGAAUGUCAAAAGCUGGAGGAAGGCUUGAUGAGGUCGAGAAGAUCUGCCAAGCUUUGUGUAAACUUAAGAUGGAAGGUGAUGAUGCAAAAGAGAUCCUGAAAGAAGUUCUCUCUUCAAAUUCCAUGACAAAACAAUGUAACCCAGACUUCGGAAGUACCCGUGAAUCAAUUCUUCAGGUGCUUGCGGAUCUGACUUAUGUCCGGUCGUACUUUGAUAUCUUCUCAAAGCGAAUUGAUCAAGAGGAUAUCGUAAGUUUGGAUUGUUGUCAUUGAUGUGUUGUUACUUAUGGCGUUUUUGUUC